AUGCUCUCAGAGGCCAGUGAGCUGUCACUGUCAUCCUUAUCUAAUAUGGCUAUCAUUUUAGGCCUUGGUUAUUACUCCUUACGAUUUCUUGUGUGCUGUGGAGCAAAACAAGUAGUCAGCAUCGAUUGGUCGGACGAUAUGUGUGAGGCGCUGAGAAGGACCGCUGAAGCGAACAAUGUGCAAGAUCGAAUACUCGUCAUCGAAGGAGAUAGUCGGAGGGUUACGCCCUGCCUGGUUGCCGAUCGUGUGUUUCUGGGCUUGGUCCCCUCAUGUCGCGCUCACUGGCUCACCGCCUGCAAGGCGCUAAAGCAGGAGGGUGGCAUGCUGCACAUCCACGAAGUGAUCGACAUAACUACGAAAGUGCGCAAAAAGGAAGAGCAAAAGAAAAAAGUACCGCCACCAAGGCUGCAAUCAGUCGACGAAGAAGGCUCAUCGAAAGAGAACAAGCCUAUUGCAGGUCAAACUGUGUCGAAUCCAGUUGUAGACGGUGUUGCUGGAAAGGAACAAGUAAAACGUCAGCUGUCCAGAUCGCAGUCCAUUGUCGAGGAAUUGGAGAGCCGAGUGCUACCCACACCCAAGGUACAUUCAAAGGCACGGGCCGAUAUUACCCAGAGGCACAACAAAAGAUCAUUGUCGCAGAUUUUCGAGCAAGGUGAAUGGAAGUCGCUGGCCGAGCCCUACAAAGAGUUUGCAAUGGAUUGCGCAACAAACUGUACUCGAUUCCUCAACAACAUUCACUUUUCGGACACUAUGUACUGCGUUACUAUUGUAAACAUCACAAGAUACGGCAGCACUUCUAAGAAGUCCGACCAUGUCGUUUUGGACCUCAUGUGCUGUAUGGAAGAUAUGCCCAUAGAGAAGAUGAUCGCCAGAUAUUUGACCUUGAAUCAUUCGAUGAAUUGA